ACUACUUAAAAAAAUUCCACGGAGAAAAAAAAAAAACUUUCACCCUUAAAAUGGCUGCUCGUGUCGAGGCGGUAUCAGCACACUUGUCGCCUCUACCAGCAGCUUCUCUGGCGUUUUCGCAGUCAUCGCGUAUCUAAAUAUUACCGAGAAAUUUAAUUUGGAAGCACUUAGGGCUUUUGAAGAAGCGAGAACACAAGCAGUAUGGGAACUCACAUCAAUUUCAACAACUUAGGAGGUGGUGGUGGAGGAAGCAACCAGAUGAAGCCAGCAGAUACUGCUUAUCCCUUGGCGAGACAGUCCUCGCUUUACUCACUAACCUUUGAUGAGCUUCAGAGCACACUAGGUGGACCAGGUAAAGAUUUCGGGUCGAUGAACAUGGAUGAACUCCUGAAGAGCAUAUGGACUGCCGAGGAAGCUCAGGCCAUGACCAUGAAUCCUCCUUCUUCUUCUUCUUCAGCUGCUGCUGCUGCUACAGCGGUAGCUCAACCCGGUGGUGGUGGUGGUAUCCCUCUCCAGAGGCAAGGCUCGCUGACGUUGCCUAGAACGAUUAGUCAGAAGACUGUUGAUGAGGUCUGGAAAUGUUUGUUCACCAAGGACGGUAAUAUGGUAGGUAGCAGUGGUGGUGAGUCUAAUGCGCCUCAGAGGCAACAGACUUUAGGUGAGAUAACGCUUGAGGAGUUUCUGUGCCGCGCUGGUGUUGUAAGAGAAGAUAACUGUUCUCAGCAGGUGGGUGGAAACAGUGGCAACAAUGGGUUUUAUGGUAACAACGGAGCUGCUGCUGGAGGGUUAGGCUUUGGGUUUGGUCAGCCAAAUCAAAACAACAUAUCGUUCAAUGGUGCAAUUCAGCAGCAGACACAACAGCAGUUUCAACAACAGUCACAACAGCAGUUGCAGCAGCCAAGACAGCAGCUGAAUCAGCCACAUCCACAGCAGCAGCAUCAGCACCAGCGGUUGCCUCAAGCUAUUUUUCCUAAACAAGCAAACGUAGCAUUUGCUGGCAACAAUAAUAAUAAUAAUGGAUUGGGGAGUUUUGGAGGAGGCGGGGUGACUGUUGCAGCAGCAGCAACGUCGCCAGGGACAAGUAGCGCAGAAAACAAUUCUCUGUCACCGGUUCCUUAUGUGCUUAACCGAGGGAGAAGAAGCAACACUGGUCUAGAGAAGGUUAUUGAGAGGAGGCAAAGGAGAAUGAUCAAGAACCGAGAAUCAGCUGCUAGAUCUAGAGCUCGAAAACAGGCUUAUACCUUGGAACUGGAAGCUGAAAUUGAAAAGCUGAAGAAAGUGAAUCAAGAAUUGCAGAGGAAACAGGCUGAGAUGAUGGAAAUGCAGAAGAAUGAGCUGAAGGAAUCGUCGAAGCAACCAUGGGGGAGCAAAAGGCAAUGCUUGAGAAGGACACUAACCGGUCCAUGGUGAAACCAGAAGGAAGCAACAAGAACCGAUCAAACCAGACACCACUUUGCAUGGGAUGGGACUAAUGUAAUAGGAGAUCAUAGUGCUACCUGUACAGGAGAUUUUAAGAGAAAUUUUAUUGAGUGGAAAUCUAUAGACUACAGAGAGAGUAGGAGAAGUUUUCAUUAUUAAUAAAAGAAACAUAUUUUGUGCCUGCCCUGGCCCUUCAUUAGUCUAGGUUUUUAGAUAAUACUCUGUUUUGUGUGUGUUUUAGUCUGUUUUGAGUUUAUAAAAGACAUCGUUGUUUAUAUAUAUCUUGAUCAUUAUUAGGGUU